CCAUAAAAUCUAUGUUUGUUUCUUUCUGAACACUAAAAAAGAUCAUCUUGGUAGGACAUACCUUAGUCCUGCUACCGUUUCCUGUUUCCCCACCAAAUCCUACUAGCCUCCCCUGCUCAUCUAUAUAUCCUGCACAUUCUUGGUUUCUUGGCUCUCAGACUCGCAACAUUCCAUUCAUUCUUCCAUUGUGUUCCUGGAGUGAGUUCAGAUUUGGACCACAUUCUUGGCAGCUUUGUAGAGAGAGUGGGAGAAGUGCUCAAGGAUUCUCAAGGAAAUCCAGGUGGGCAUGUCGGGCCAGGCCGAGAACGGCGGCGCCGGGCCACUGCCCGCGUUGAAGAGCCCGGCCGCGGACGGCAAGAGCGCGAGCCGGCGGAGCACGCGGUUCAAGGAGGAGAACGAGUACGUCGAGGUCACGCUCGACGUGGGCGGCGACGACGCCGUCGCCGUCCGGAGCGUGCAGGAGGUGACGCUCCUGGAACGAGCGGCGGCGCCCAGCCCCGGCGGGCUGUCGUCAAAGCUGAGGGCCGCGCAGGCCGAGCUGAGGCGCAUCACGUCGGCGAAGCGCGCCACGCCUCUGUCGGCGCUGCUCCACGGCGACCGGCGCCGGCUGGACAGGAGCACGACCGGCGCCGCGAGCGCGCUCAGGGGGCUCCAGUUCCUGAACCAGGCCGCGGUGACGCAGGGCUGGCCCGAGGUGGAGAAGCGGUUCGAGCGGCUGGCCGUCGACGGCUUCCUCCUCCGGUCACGGUUCGGCCAGUGCAUCGGAAUGGUUGGGUCCGAGGAGUUCGCGGCGCAGAUCUUCGACGCCCUUGCACGGCGAAGGGGGAUCACAGCUCAGGUGCUGACCAAGGAUCAGGCCCGCGAGUUCUGGGAGCAGCUGUCUGAUCCAGGCUUUGAUGCCAAGCUUCAAACAUUCUUUGACAUGGUUGACAAGAAUGCAGAUGGUCAGAUCACUGAAGAGGAGCUCAAAGAGGUCCUCACUCUGACAGCGUCCGCGAACAAGCUGUCCAAGAUCCUGGAGCGCGUCGACGAGUACACCGCAUUGAUCAUGGAGGAGCUGGAUCCCCGCAACCUUGGCUACAUCGAGAUUGCAAACCUGGAGUCGCUGCUGUUGCAGCCUCCAUCCCAGGCGUCAACCAAGCUGGUGACGCGCAGCUCCAACAUCAGCCAGCUGAUCAGUCAGAAGCUGGCGCCGGCGCCGAACCAGAACCCGCUUCACCGCUGCGCCAGGGGCAUGUGCUACUUCAUGGAGGACAACUGGAAGCGCGUCUGGGUCAUGGCGCUGUGGCUAGCCAUCAACGCCGGCCUCUUCGCCUGGAAGUUCAUCGCCUACCGGCGCCACCCGACGUUCGACGUCAUGGGGUACUGCGUCUGCGUCGCCAAGGGCGGCGCCGAGACCACCAAGUUCAACAUGGCCGUCAUCCUCCUCCCGGUGUGCCGGAACACCAUCACCUGGCUCCGGUCCAAGACCAAGCUCGGCACGGUCGUACCCUUCAAUGACAACAUCAACUUCCACAAGGUCGUCGCGGGCGGUGUGGUGGUCGGUGUGGCACUGCACGUGGUGACGCACCUGACGUGCGACUUCCCGCGGCUGCUGCACGCCAGCAACGCGGCGUACGAGCCGAUGAAGCAGUACUUCGGGCAGCGUCGGAUCCCCAACUACUGGUGGUUCGUGAAGGGCGUGGAGGGGAUCACCGGCGUGAUCAUGGUGGUGCUGAUGGCCGUCGCCUACACGCUGGCGCACCCGUGGUUCCGGCGCAGCAAGCUCAGCGAGGGCAACCCGCUGCGGCGGCUCAGCGGGUUCAACAUGUUCUGGUACUCGCACCACCUAUUCGUCGUCGUCUACAUCGCCUUCGUUGUCCACGGCGUGUGCCUCUACAUCAACCGGACAUGGUACAAGCAGACGACAUGGAUGUACCUUGCCAUCCCCAUCCUUUUGUACGCCGGCGAGCGCCUUCUGCGGGCACUGAGGUCUCAUGGCCUCACCACCGUGAGGAUUGAGAAGGUUGCGGUGUACCCCGGGAAUGUCAUUGCCAUCCACAUGAGCAAGCCGCACGGGUUCAGGUACAAGAGCGGGCAGUACAUCUACGUCAACUGCGGCGAGGUCUCGCCGUUCGAGUGGCACCCUUUCACCAUCACCUCGGCGCCCGGCGACGACUACCUCAGCAUGCACAUCAGGUGCCGUGGCGACUGGACGACCAGCUUCAGGGCCCUCUUCUCGCAGGUGUGCCGGCCCCCGGCCGUGGGGCAGAGCGGCCUCCUGCGGGCGGACUUCACGUCGCCCAUGGCGCCGCCGCAGAGCGCCGGCAAGCUCCCGAAGCUGCUGAUCGACGGGCCCUACGGCGCGCCGGCGCAGGACUACCGCAAGUACGACGUGCUCCUCCUCAUCGGCCUCGGCAUCGGCGCCACCCCGCUCAUCAGCAUCGUCAAGGACGUCCUCAACAACAUCUCCGACGCCGAGGCCGCCCCUGCGCCGUCGUCGUCGCCGACGAGGAGGGACGCGUUCAUGACGCGGCGGGUGUACUUCUACUGGUGCACGCGGGAGGAAGGCUCCUUCGAGUGGUUCCGCGGCGUGAUGAACGAGGUGGCGGAGCGGGACGCGCGCGGGGACGUCGUCGAGCUGCACAACCACUGCACUAGCGUGUACGAGGAGGGGGACGCGCGGUCGGCGCUGCUGGUGAUGCUGCAGGCGCUGCACCACGCCAAGAGCGGCGUCGACCUCGUCUCCGGCACGCGCGUGCGCACCCACUUCGCGCGCCCCAACUGGCGGGACGUGUUCAAGCGCGUCGCCUGCAACCACCAGGGCCAGCGCGUGGGCGUCUUCUACUGCGGCGACCAGAAGGUGACGCCGGAGCUGCGGCGGCUGUCGCAGGACUUCUCGCACAAGACCACCACCAAGUUCGUCUUCCACAAGGAGAACUUCUGAGAUCGACGAGGUUUCCAUUCCAUGGCGACCCAUGAUGAGCUCGACUCCAUCACAACAUAGAUGUAACACACGUACAACAUGAUGCGUGAGUUCACUUGGAUUGGUAGCGUGGUUUUAGGGUAGGACAAAGCUCUACAUACAUAUAUAUGUGUAACAACAAGCACCAUUUGUUUUUUGUUUUUUCCCUUUUGAAAUGGAUAGGCACAAAAAAAUAGAAUUGCUCAUUUGUGACUUUUUUGGUAGUCAUGUUGCUGACCACUUGUACGAAACUAGUAAC